AGCAUGUCGCCUCCUGUUGCUGCAGCUCACUGUGGGAUCUGCUGUCGACCUUUCACACUGUACACAUGAAGGCGGAAAGCUUUUUUGCGCCUCUCCUCACUAUGUGCGACCCGGACCUUUGGAUGAGUUUACCAGCAAAACGUCUCCUCUGAGCCUGGAGGGGGGAAAAUAAAAAAAAACGGGUUUGUCGUUUGCGGGGAUUUUCUUUUUUUGACACAACUUGUCAGAGAAGUCGUUUUCUGCUCCUGCUACUGCUGGCGGUUUGUUCGGAGCUUCUUGCGGUGUAAAAGUGUGAAACAAGUAAAAGAGAGCAACAGAUGUUUCUGGUGGAUAUGCGGCCGGCUGAGGAAUGAAAGCAGCAGCGAGGCACCGGCGGCCCUUCCAGCGGUUCUGCUGCUGUGGAGUCGGGCUGGUCGCCGUCAUUUGGCUCGCGCAGGUCAUCCAGGCACCAGAGACAGAGUCUUUGGGGUUUCAGCCAGGCGUGAAUGGUGAGACGCUACAAUGGACACGAAGGUUAAUGCAGGAGAACUCAGACAACCAGAGCCUGGAUCUGGAUCAGCCCCGAGCAGCCAUCCAUGAGUUUCCAGAGGACAUCUUCACCAAGGAGCAGAGGAAGAAUGGGGCCGUGUGUCUCCAUGCACUCUGUGCCAUCUACAUGUUCUACGCUCUGGCAAUUGUCUGUGAUGACUACUUUGUUCCUUCCCUGGAGAAAAUAUCUGAGAACCUUCAGCUCAGUGAAGAUGUAGCCGGGGCCACAUUUAUGGCUGCUGGAAGCUCAGCUCCAGAGCUUUUCACCUCUCUCAUUGGUGUCUUCAUCACUAAAGGUGACGUUGGCGUCGGCACAAUCGUGGGCUCAGCUGUCUUCAACAUCCUGGUCAUAAUUGGUUUGAGUGGAAUCUUUGCAGGCCAGACAGUGGUUCUGACAUGGUGGUCUCUCUUUAGAGAUUCCUCCUACUACAUCCUGUCAGUACUGACUCUCAUCAUGGUCAUCUAUGAUGCCACAGUUGUCUGGUGGGAGUCCUUACUGCUAAUGACGAUGUAUGGAAUCUACAUUAUCAUCAUGAAGUUCAACUCCCAGAUUUUUGUGUUUGUGACACGUCGGUUGAGGAGCAUCAGGCCGUGCUGCCUCCGAUCAGAAGAACGGCGAGACAACAAGUUGGGAGAAGACACCUCGGCGUGUAACACAUCUAUGGUGCUUCUCAACAAAGGCCAAGCCCAUGGUCAGGAGGCUUCUCCAGUCGUCAUGGUAGAUGAGCUUCUCAUCCUCAACCCUCACAAACUGUCAUUCUCAGAGGCCGGCCUGCGGAUUAUGAUCACCCCCCACUUCUCACCCCGCACCAGGCUCUCCAUGGCCGGACGCAUGCUCAUCAGUGAGAGACAGAGACUGCUUCGUAUUUCAAAAAAUCAACGGGACGUUGAGGCCGGACCCGGGUCAAGAGGGGGGUCCACCAGCAACAGUCUGAAGAGGACAGCCUCCUGCAGUCUGGAGAACGGAGGCGGGAGACCCGGCAUGGUCGACACAGAGUCAGGAGACAAGCCAGGGGCCGAGGUGUGCCAGCAAGAAGAUGAAGAUGACGAUGAAGAUGGGAUUUUCAGUCCAGUGCGCAUUCCAGAUGGCUGGUGUGCGCGGGUAAAGUGGGUGAUCACAUGGCCUCUGGGCCUAUUGCUCUACUGCACUGUGCCUAACUGCAUUCUGCCACGCUGGCACCGCUGGUUCAUGGUCACCUUUGUGGCCUCCACUUUAUGGAUCGCUGUCUUCUCCUACCUCAUGGUGUGGAUGGUCACCAUCAUCAGCUUCACACUAGACAUCCCAGACUACAUCAUGGGCAUAACCUUCCUGGCAGCAGGGACUAGCGUGCCUGACUGCAUGGCGAGUCUGAUUGUAGCUCGACAAGGCAUGGGGGACAUGGCAGUGUCCAACUCUGUAGGCAGCAAUAUCUUUGACAUCCUGCUGGGUUUGGGUUUCCCCUGGGCUUUGCGUACACUUGUGGUGGACCACGGAUCAAUAAUAUCCAUAAAUAAUAAAGGACUUGUAUAUUCUGUCAUCCUGCUGCUGGCGUCUGUGUUUCUGACAGUGCUGAGUGUUCAUCUGAACCACUGGAGACUGGACCGUCGGCUGGGUCUGGGUCUCAUGUUUCUCUAUGCCAUCUUCCUGCUCUGCUCUAUCCUCUUUGGGCAGAUGUGAGGCUUACAGGUCAAAGGCCAACCCAACUCAGACGCCAUGCUGAGUAUCUACCUUUCUACCACACGUCCUCCUUCCUGAAGCCAAAAAAAGUGAAAAAAAGUGACGGCAUUGAUGUAUUCCUAUUAAUUCCUCUGCAACUCAGUGGGACUUGUUAGGGUGAUACUGUACACAUGCAACUACACAAAACGUUUUAGCUUUUUUUUUGUCCUUCUUGUACAGUGGAGUGUUUAAAAGCAGUCUUUCGGUAUUAAAUUGGGUGAUCUAGCAGAAAAUGUAGGAAUGUGGCAGAUGGAGGCAGCAGAUCUGUUGGGCCUUUAGUGAUAUUUAAAAAAACACAAACAAGUUAUGUAACUUAAAAGAUGUUGAAGUGCUGUUGUUGCACAGUGGUGUGGUUAUUUAAUGGCCAAUAUUUUGAUGAUAAUUGUACAGAGAACUGAGCUGAAUUUUUGUUUUUCUGUGUAAGUAUUACAGCAGCCACUCUGCUUUCCUUUCCUGCUAACGUGCAAUUAUAAAAGCUUUAUGGUCGGUGCUAGACUGAUGAUUGGCUGUUCUGCUUUCAGGUGAUGGAUGAAGCUCAUGAUUAGGUCACGUGGCAGCUAAAUUUGUCAGCUGUGGACUAAUUUGCUAAAUUGCUUUAAAAAACAUUUUAAAUUGGUUUGGAGAUGAGGUGCACCAAAGGCCUGGGUUCUGAAGCAAGUCCACCUUAAAAGGGAUGUUUUCUUAUCUGGCUUCAGUUAUCCUAACAUCAGAAAACCCAAUAAAUCUGACAAGGUUAACUCAGAAAAGUCAACCCAGGGUUUGUUUUUUUUAAAAUUAGCAAUGACUGAGUUCAUGUGAGAGGGACUGUGUUUGCAGAUGACCAGUCGUAAACAUGGACAAGAGUAUUGACACUGUUGCCACAUGAUUUACAAAACUGUAAUAUUAAAAGAAUAUUAAAAGAAAAAAAACAAUCAAAUCAGAUAAGGUCAGAUUUAAAGAAGUGUACGUGUGACAGAAAGACAACCUUGCUCAUUAAAACAUAAAAUGCUACAUGAGUGUAAGCCAUUUAUAGCUAAAUGCAAGAUACUCAAUCACUGCUCGAUCAUGAAGGUAGAAAGAGUCUACUAUUACUCUGCGUUACUUUAAGGUGCUGGUUGCCUAAAAGAAAGUUCCUCUGGGGUUUAAGACAGUUUAAGUCCUUCAGUUGCAAACUAGUCAUUGUUACAUGUCUGAGAACAACACUGGCUCAUCUCAGUGUAACACAAAGUCAUUUAAACUUCUGGUCUGUUGCUCUGUCCAGUUAGGAAUCACUGCGAAUACAUUUCACCUGCUUUGGAGCAAAUGAAAGUGACAACAAGAUGAUGACCCCCAAAGAGCAGCUCUCUCUCCUGACUCUCUCCUGACUGAUUUUUUAUCUGGAUUCGCCUUUUGCCAACUUCCUUGUCACAGUAGUUGCAGUUGCACUCAAGGUUUACGGGUUGUCCAGCUUCAGCAGGAUGACACAUCGUUUGAUGCUUUUGUAAGGAAGGAAGUAGGCUGUUACAUGAGAGAGAGAGAGCACUACAAAACUCAUCAAUCCUGCUGCAAGACUGCUGUCUUCUCCUGUAUACAAUGAGGAAGAAGAGUACUUCUAGAGCGCUGCAAAUGACCUCCAAUGGGUUACUCUUGCAUGUUUCUGACCAAGCUGUCUGAAACAGGUGGCCCUGGUCUCCUUUAGUGGGACCUGUUCUCACAGACCAGCCCCAUGUAUAGCCUGAAUGGGCUUCAGGUACCAUCACAUGCUAACACUACUAACAAGGAGUCUAGCAGAAAAGCGAAAUCUAAAAAAGCCGUCAUGGGGGGUAGCCAUUCAUCUCCACUGCACUUGUCACUUUCAUUUGCACCAAUGCAGAUUCACGGUGGUUUAUGUUUAUGACUCUGUGUCAUACUGGGGCGAUUAAGUGUUCACUCAUUUUAUUUUCUCAAGCAGUGUAUGAAAAUAAUUCAGUCCAGUUAGUAGGCUUUGCUGACUUGCUAAUUUUACAUAAGGACUAAGUACAAAAGUUAGCUAUAGCUAUAUUAAUAAUUAUAGAACAAUGAAAAGGUUUAGAUUUGUACAAGUUACUCCUGCUAAGAAGUGUAACUUCUUUACAAAGUGUAACUUUGUAACUAUCUUUUACAAAGAUAGUUAUCGUUGUAAAACUAAAAACUCAAGCCCUUAAUCCUGGAUUAUAGUCCAGGACUCGGAGUCAUGAAAUAUCCGUUCAUCUCUAAUUUGAAAUAAAA